UUGUGCCGUUGGAGAUUCCCAAAAAAAUAUGUAGUUGUUCUCCGGGAUCGUUGAGUGUCAACACAGGAAAAGUUGUUGCUGUGGUUACAAUGAAUGGACGAUAUGAUCUCAGUAUGCCUGAGAUGAAAUGUGAGGCAUGCAAAGCCACAUGGAGCGCUGGAGUGGAUGACUUAGUCCGUAAUGACUACUGGCCUGCUACCCUUCACUUUUCCACGGUGUACGCUACAGAUGUUUUUUGUUCUUAUGAAGAAUUGAAGAUGGCAGCACCAGGACUGUCCUGCCAAGCAUUCUUAAGAAUGCUUGAUCAACGAACUGUCCGCUUUGGCCGUACUGGGAAGAUCACAGCAGACAGCUUCAGAAAAAGCUUUUUGGAGUGGGAGGCUGUUAAAUUUGAAGUGGAUAAGAUCUGCAGGGAGGAGCAUUUUAUCUGUCCUGCAUGCACCCCAGACAUGCUUGCUGUUUCUGUGGAUGGAAAUCGCAAGCACUACCGCUUUAAGAACACAGCAAGAUCUGAAGAACAAGCCUUAUUUGAUGGCAUCUUCAUUGCAAAAGAUGAUGAAGUAGAAAGAUUUGUGGAUUACAUUCAUUCCAACACCAACCAUGUCUCUGGAAGAGGUGUCUGUGGAGGGGAGUGGUCAGCUGCCAGGGAAACUUCUCAGAGAUCCUCUAGUAAAAUUGAUGAGGAGGGACUUGAGCUUGCGGUCUGUCGACAUGGAGUUUUUCUCGGCGCUCUCAACAUGUUCAGGGGAGAAAUAUAUGCUUAUCCCCUCUACCUGCAGAACAAGCUGGCAAAUAAGUCAAUAAGCUUUUUUGCCAUGGAUGUAACCUGCAAGUACUGGCCCUACCUCCACAAAGUGAUAAAAAGCUGCCAGGAGCUCCAGCACCUUCUGAGCAUGAAACCAUUCCUCUCAGUGUUUCAUGCCAAAGCCCAUGAUUUUAAAUGCGAGGUUAAAUGGAGUGGAGCUUACCAGCAAGGGGCCGGAUUGACACUUGGGGAGGAGGUUGAGCAGUGUAACGCCUUCCUCUCUAGGAUUGCUGUGACCACAAAGCACAUGUCCAAAGCAGGACGUACAGACAUGCUUACACUGAUGGCCAUGCGCUGGAAUCAGCAAAAGUUUAAUAACUUGGCUGCUUCACUUGCCUGCCGAUAUCAGAAGGCCGCAAAACGCCUGGAAAGCCAACUUCAGGAUCUGGAAAGCAUGAAAAUCCAGCUGGCAGUGACACAGGUUGAAGUUGAGGGCUGGGUCACUGAUAUUAAGGAGUGGGCAGAAGCAACAACAUCCCAAAAGAAUGCCGAUCUUGACGCGGUGACCAGUAGAAUGGAGGUGCUGGUGGCCAGCAUUAAAAGAAGGUCCCAGCGCCUUUACAAAGACACCGAUGGCAGCAAAGGUCGGGCCCGGAUUCGGCGCAAAAUCAGAGAGGAGAAGGCCAUUCUUAGCUCUGUCGUUGAAAAAUACAACAGUAUGGUUCCAGAUACAGAAAGAAUCGUCUUUGACAUCAUUCUCUCUGACGAGACAGUUUGGCCAUGGCAACUUUCACAUGGUGACGCUGUAGAUUUGAAAAUCAAGAGGAAGGCGUUUGAUGUUGUGAUGGCAAUAAGGAGACUUGAGGAGGAGAAGAAGAUUGUUCUUUCUGAGAUGGCAAAGCAUUGGAAAUCUCUCUCCACUCGUGCAGACACACUCAAGGAGAUGUCAUCCCAGCUUUCCAGUGAGGCAUUGCAAAGUGAGCUGUGGGCUCUAAAUGAAGAAGGGAUCAAGGGUUUCCUCAGUUUAACUUUGAGAAAGAAGCAAGAAGUCACCAGAAUGAUGAAGCAUGCAAGAGACUGCUAUGCUCAAGUUUUGACUGGAACAAGUAUGGACUUCCAGAAUGAUUGGGAUGGAUACGACAGUGAUUCUGAACUGUCAGUUUGAGGAGCUCUCGAAGUGAUAAAUGACCAGUUAUUCACUUUUGGUUCGAUUUCUUAUAUUUGUCAGUGUUUUGUUUGUUUGUUUUUAGUAGUGGGGGCAGGUCCAAAAAAAUCACCAGUUAAAGCUGCCGUCGCCCUAUUUCUGAUACCG